AUGGGGCUAGUUUGUGAAGACAACAGUUAUGUAAAAUAUUCGGAUAAAGAAGUUUUCACUGAUGAUUUUUAUAGAGUACUCGAAGAAGUUCCUUUAAACGAAGUUGUUCUUGCCUCUAUUCGCCCAGAUAUGAUAACCACAGAUAGCUCAGUACAACUAUACAAUCCAUAUAAGAGGGAAUGCUUCUUUCCAACUGAAAAGAAAUUAAGGUAUUUUAAACUAUAUACGGGCAAAAACUGUCAACUGGAGUGUCUAACUAACUACACAUUGUACCACUGUGGAUGUGUAAACUAUUUUAUGCCAAGAGAAAAUACAACAAAUAUUUGUGGAAUAGAAAGCUUAAAGUGUAUGAAAAACGCCGAAGCGAGAUACGAACUCGGAGAUCUUAGAUCAAAAAUUAGUAAAACAAAUACAAACUCAAACAGUACCAGACGCCAGCGAUAUAGAAAAACGAUUAAAUUAAAUUGUGACUGCAUGCCAAUGUGUUCCGAUCUGACUUAUAACGUAGAAACUUCUCAGAGCAAUUGGGAAUGGAUGGAAACCUUAAAAGCCGAGACCAAAAAUGGAACGAUAUUAUAUGGAGUCGACAACUACUACGUAUCCAAACUCAUUCUAUUCUUCAAAUCCUCGCAGUUUAUUACAUCAGAGAGGCACGAAUUGUACGGUCCCACGGACUUUUUGGCGAAUUUCGGCGGAUUACUAGGACUCUUUACAGGAUUUUCGAUUCUCUCCCUCAUGGAAGCCAUUUAUUUUUUGACAGUCCGGCUAUGCUGCAAUUCCAGACUUUAUGGUUAUUGGGCCGGGCCCGAAAAGUAA